CCGCUACAACAAGCACUCCAAGAGUUGCCCCCCUCUGCUGGCCGUGACGUCACAAGUCCAGCUCAGAGAGCCGCUGGUGUUUGCCCAUCGGCAGGGUCAAGAGCGCAAGGAAGACCGAGAAGAGAGAACCAGGGACUUUAUACAACCCAGCACCCAACACUCCUACACCAUCCAUGUAAGCCUUCCUUCAUCUGGCCUACUGAGAGCCAGUCGCCCAUGGAAGUUCUCAAGGUGCCGUCUCACCUGGAUAAUCCCUCCAAGUACCACAUCCAGCAGCCUCAGAGGCAGCAGGUGAGGCAGUUUCUGUCCUCUACCCUGGGUGGUAAAGCUGGCAGUCAGUGUCCUAGUCAGCCUCCCGAGUACGGCAUGCCGCCUGGAGCCAGGAGCAGCGCCCCUAACAGUCCCAUGGCUCUGCUCACACUCAGCUCCAACUGUGAAAAAGAAAUGGAUGAUGUCAUUGAUGAUAUCAUUAGCUUAGAGUCCAGUUAUAAUGAAGAUGUGCUUGGACUGAUGGACCCAGGACUUCAAAUUAACAACCCGCUCCCCGUAUCUGGAAACCUUGAUGUGUACGGCAAUCAAGGACUUCCACUCCUGGGCCUGGCCAUCAGCAACUCCUGUCCACCAAACAUUAAAAGGGAAUACACAGCUCCUGGCAUGAAGCAAGUACUGGACAAGUCUGGAUCCUGUGGUCACUAUGAAAACUAUCAAAGGCCAGAGGGUUUUCCAGUAGAGGCUGAAGUUCGCGCUCUUGCUAAAGAGAGACAAAAGAAGGACAACCACAAUUUAAUUGAACGAAGAAGGAGGUUCAACAUCAACGACCGCAUCAAAGAACUGGGAACUUUGAUCCCUAAGUCAAAUGACCCAGACAUGCGCUGGAAUAAGGGCACCAUUCUCAAAGCCUCAGUGGACUAUAUAAGGAGGCUGCAGCGAGAGCAGCAGCGAGCGAAGGAGCUUGAGUGCAGGCAAAGGAAGCUGGAGCACGCAAACCGCCAUCUGAUGCUUCGUAUACAGGAAUUGGAAAUCCAAGCCCGGGCCCAUGGUCUCACAGUGGUGUCAUCCCCAUCUAUCUGCACAUCAGAGUUAUUGGCACGAGCCAUUAAACAGGAGCCCACCCUGGAUGACUGCCCAUCAGAGCUCUACACUAACAGUUCAUCCUCUGACAUGUCCCCUCCGACCACACUAGACCUCAACAACGGCACAAUCACCUUCGACCAGAUUCCUGCAGACGCAGUGGACCCCGGGCCCUAUGGGAACUCCAGGAACUGUAAAAUAAAGGAGUUGGUAAGGGACAACACCUUGUCCUCCAUGUCCCCAGACAGUUCCAACAACAUCAGCAGCCGUCACAGUUCCAGCUCCAGUAUGGAGGAGAAGGAGCACAGCUGUUAGCAUUUUCCCAGUGCUGUGAAACACACUGACUCUCACCCAGUCUGUAGCAUCCCAUUAAUGAGGCUCUGGAAUUAAAUUAUCCACAUGACUAAGUGGAUUGAGGAACCUGAAGCUAAUUUAAUUUUGACUCUAUAUUAUAUAUACACUUUCUUAAAGUGCGUGAAAAGCAAUAAAAAUGAUCUUCUUAUGAACGACACUGAUAAAUAUGAUCAGUGUGCUUACAGUGUUUGUACAGAAUAUUAAAUAAAUAGAAAAUAAACACUACGGUCAAACCACUACUUUAACAAAAAUGAAGAGAAGCAACAUUUUUAACAUUUUGGUCGUAGUUUAACAACAUACGGUACACAAAACACAGAAUUGGUUUAGCUAGAUCUUGACCUCUUCCUCUUUUGGUGCUAGCAUUACUCGGCUCGGCUCUUUUUUUUGUUCUGUUUUUUUCAUCAGGGAUAAUACUUGUUACU